AGUAGACCUCAUGUGUCGAGGGGUCCUGGCGACAGAUGGGACCCUCUGUACCUCUCAGAAUGGAGUCGCCUAUGACGAUCACUCAAUGUUUCUCAAAUGUCUAUUUUCAUCAUCCCAUACUUCUUCCAGGUCUAAAGCUAUUUAUCUGAAUUUCUCUGAGUGCAGGUAUGAUGAGAUCCACAUCCAGACCAAAGUAGUUUUGCAGUCUUUAAAACCAGUCCUGAUUUUGCCUAUCUGUGGUUGCUUGUGCUUAGGACAAGUAAGCAGUGAAAUGAUGUUUAAAUUCAGCGCCUUCACAAUCUGGUCUCUGUGCUUCCUAGCAUCCUGUAAGUAGACCAGCAGGUGUUUUCCUAGUUCAUUCCUAUAAUUUGCUACCUUCCCAGCUGAAGGCGUAAAGCACGUGUUCUCUUUGCAUGACACUGCAUGUUUAUUCACAGCCCUGUGAGAUCCACUGCAGUGCAUUUUCAUUUUGGGCAUUGUUCUCUGUGGCUGGUGAUGCCAUGGCAUGCAUUGUGUUGAGUUUUUAAGUGUGUGAGCCGUGCUGCUGAUGUGAUUCACGGGGGGCCUGUUCUCAACCUGACCUGGAUAAAGCUCAAGGGCUCUUUGUCCCUCUAACACGCACACAGAGAGACGGGUGCAUUAAAAGAUAUGGAGUUUGUGUAACCAAAGACUUAAAAAACUAUGCAAGAUUCAGCUAAUUCCCUGACAAUGGAUGGAUAUUCCAGUAACGUGCCAGCAUUCCUAACUAAACUGUGGACACUGGUGGAAGAUCCUGAAACAAACCAUCUCAUCUGCUGGAGUACUAAUGGAACCAGCUUCCAUGUUUUCGAUCAAGGACGGUUUGCCAAAGAGGUGCUGCCUAAAUAUUUCAAACACAACAAUAUGGCCAGUUUUGUCCGACAGCUGAACAUGUAUGGCUUCAGGAAAGUGGUAAAUAUUGAGCAGGGUGGCCUUGUCAAGCCUGAACGUGAUGACACAGAGUUCCAGCACCUUUAUUUCCUACAAGGUCAUGAACACCUCUUGGAACACAUCAAAAGGAAGGUCUCAGUUGUAAAAAGUGAGGAAACUAAGAUGCGCCAAGAGGAUCUCAGCAGAUUGUUGUAUGAGGUCCAGAUCCUGAGAAGUCAACAGGAGAACAUGGAAUGUCAAGUGCAGGAUAUGAAGCAACAGAAUGAAGUCCUGUGGCGGGAAGCUGUAUCCCUCAGGCAGAAUCAUUCACAGCAACAGAAAGUGAUCAACAAGCUGAUUCAGUUUCUGUUUGGCCAGCUCCAAUCAAACCCCAGCAGUGUGGGAAUAAAGAGAAAAUUACCUCUGAUAUUAGAUGAUGGUAGCUCAGCUCCCCAGGUGUCCAAGUUCAGUCGGCACCUGUCUGUGGAUCUUCUUCAUGACUCCUAUUUCAUUCAGUCGCCGUCUACAGAACCUGUCUCUUGUUUAAACAGUCCCACUAUUGCUGGAGGGCCUAUUAUAUCUGAUGUUACUGAAGCAUCACCACCUAAUAUAGCGACAAUGCAGUCUCCUGCAGAUGAUAACAGGGAAAAGUGCCUUAUGCUGAUAAAGGAAGAACCGGUUAGUCCUGAAGUGAAAGCCACAUCUGAGCCAGAUGCCCCCCUGAGUGGCUGCAGUACCUGUGCUGAACCCCCGGUGUUACCAGUGGCAAUGGUUCAGUCUGUUCUAGAAGGCAAAGGGAGCUGUGGUGCACCACAGUCUGCGAAUUCACAGCCACCAGAAAAAAGAGGCAGAAGAGCACCUCUGGACAGAGCAGAGACUUCUGACCCACUGGAGGGCACUGAUUUGAGCUUGGAAGGCCUCCAACUAUUCCUGAGAAGCCAGCAGUAUAAUCUGGAGCCUGCUGGCAUCUUGGAUGUAUUUAAUCCAAAUUUGUCUGUGAGUGAUUGGAAUAUGACUGACAUGGAAGCCAACUUGUCACCGAUUCAGCAACUCACAGUGCAUCUGGAGAAGAAUGCAAAUGAGCUGUCUUCAAAAGCAUUACAUCCUUUGUAUGCCACUUGUCCAGGGAAAGAUGUAGGUCUUGAAAGCACCCAGCAGCUUCUCACUGAUCAUGCAGCAGGCUUUGGAAACGACACCAUAAGCCUACCUGAAAGUUCUGUUCCAUCUGAAAAUAUGUCUUCCUUUCUCUUUUCUGUGCAUCUUGAAGGAGCUAUUCCAUUGAACCUGAGCUCUCUGACUGAAUGUACUGAGUGAUUUAGCUUUUUCAAGAAAGUAGUGCCUCCCGCCUCCCCCAACAAAAGAUUUACAAGUUUGAAUGUAAAGAAACAAAAGUGACUCAGAAACCCAUGGAAGAGUUAUUCUGGCUGUUUCUUUUUGAACUUAUGGGAUAGUCUGUCAGCUUAGUUGUUAGCAAUGCCCAUACUGCACCUGUUCUCCAGUGUUUGCCCAGUGCAAAAUUUACAAAGUGUUGUUGUCUUCCAAAAAACAAAAUUCAACCUUUUCUCUCUCGUGUAAGAAGCAAGGUUUGUUAUUUUCUUUAUCCACAAAGCAAUUAAUUUUGUUUAAGCAUUCACAUGGUUAAUUCCUCUGGGAAAAGCUUUUAAGAAUCAAACAGUGGAGUAGAUGGCAAGGUUGUGUCAUGUAUGUUAAAACAUAAAUGAGCUUUUAUUAGUGUUCACUAAAGGAAGACCCAUGGUUUUCAAGUGGAUUAGCAAGACAGUGUAUGGAUGUGAGGGG